AUGGUGCAGCGCGACAAUCUCUUACCUGUGGCCUUUGGCGGGGUGCUCAUUUCCCUCGUCAUGAUGGUCGCGCUGCCGUUCAACGUGCUCGUCGUCGGCGCGCUCGCCACCUUUUUGCUCGGCAUCUUUGGGAGCUACUUUUCCGGUGAUGCCAUGGGCCGCGUCAAGUCGGCCGUCGCGUCGACAGAGAUUUUCGCCGAGCAGAUUCCGUCGCAGACGACACACGACGCGGCGGAUGCCAUUGACAUGCUUGAGAGUCUGCAACGCGCGCAUGAACCGCUCCAGGGAUCGCGCCACGAGGCCGAGCGGGCGCGCCUGAUGCUGUCGCUGCGGCGCGACCACACCUGGUCGUCCACGCACCCGCGUCACCGCCUCCUCGACGCUCUCGUCGGCUACCAGAACUACUACGAGCGCCAGCUGGUCGAGCUGGAGCGUUUCCGCGGCUUAUACAAGCACGUGAGCCGCAAGCACAAGACGCUGCUCGACCUGCACAUCCAGUACUCGACCAAGUUUGACCGCGUCGACGAGCACCUCGUCCUCAACCAGCGGCUCUGCGACAAGAUUGUGCAAAAUGCGCUCGCCUACUACCAGAUCCCGCCGCAGGAGCUCAAGAAGCACGCCUUCGAGCUCGCCUCGUCGGGCAAGCGCGCCGACAAGACGUCGACGUCGCAGGCGCUCAAGCACUACGUCCGCGACUGGUCGCCGUCGGGCGCCAACGAGUGCGCCGAGACGUUCCCCGCGCUCCUCGGCACGCUCGCGACGCUCUUCCCGGACCGCGCGGAGCGCCCCGCGCCGCUGCGCGUGCUGCUCCCCGGCUCCGGCCUGAACCGGCUCGCGCACGAGGUCGCGCGGCUGGGCGGCUUCCAGGUGACGGCCAACGAGUGGUCGGCGCACAUGAACGUGGCCUACCGGUUCCUGGAGACGUUUUCUGGCGCCAACGCCUCGGCGUGCCACCCGUUUGCCGACACGUGGUCGCACCACGUCACCGAGGACGACAUGCUGCGCGUGAUCCGCUUCCCCGAGGUGCCCGUGGACCGCGCCGCCGUGCUGCUCGUCGAGGGCGACUUCACCACCGUCUUCCACCGCGAGGCCAGCCAGUACGACGUGCUACUAACGUACUUCUUCAUCGACACGGCGCGCAACCUCAUGACGUACCUCGACACCAUCGCCACCCUGCUCCGCCCCGGCGGCUACUGGAUCAACCUCGGCCCGCUGCUCUACGGCACCGGCCCGCUCGUCCAGCUCUCGCUCGAGGAGCUCGUGUCCGUCACCGAGACGAUGGGCUUCACGUACCUGGACACGGACGAAAAGUACGGGCCGCUGACGAUGCCGGGCCGCACGGUGCGCGGCAUGCGCGCCGUCUAUAGCUUCGACGAUAAGGCGCUCACUACGAGCGCGUACAAGGCGCAAUUUUGGGUGGCGCGGAAGCAAUAG